AUUUUGUUUUUUUUUUUUUUAUUGUUCCAAGAGUUUUCUGGACAAGAUUACUCUGAAAAUUGGACAGCUCUUAAAGCCACCAUAACUGUCCAAUCUGAAAAUUUCAUUUUCUGCGUAAGACUUCUGGGGGAAACUACUUAUUGAAAAGUUUGUUAAAAGUUAAGAAAAUAUUAAUUAUUCAUUAUUAAAUGGGUUAAAAAAAUGUUAACAUAUUAAUUUCCUAACUUUGCAAAGCUCUUAAAUGUUAUAUGUACCUUUAAUAAUAUAUUAAUUGUAAUUUCAGCAAUUCAUCACUUGCUAUUGUGACAAGAUAACUUUCCUUCUGAGAUAGUUCGGCUUGUGAAAACGUAUUAGAAAAUUAAUAUACUGUUAAAAUAAUAUCCUAAAGUUAUAACCUAGCAUGACAUCAAAUAUUGAACUUACUUUGCAAUCUUGUCCUUCAAUUUCAAAAUUUUAAUAUUGUCAUACCAAAGGUAUAACGUGUUGAAUGUUGCUAUAUCAAAUAUUUAUAAAGUUAUUGAUAUAUCGGUGAUAUAUCGAACGAUAUUAAUUAAUUAAUUGAUGAAAUGCAAGAGGCGACACUUGUUCAUUCCGCAAACGCUAUAAAUCUAUUGUAUCAAAAAAUACUCUCUCUCUCGACAUCCGACUGUCCGUGAAUAAAGACAUAGUUAAGUGCACCUCCAAGUCUUUUUACUUUUUCCAUCGCCAAGUUAUAAAACUGGCGACGACGAAGAACAAUAGUGAGGCCAGUAGUGAGGCUAGUGAUCAAGUGACUACCCCUACGACUUCGCGUGUGAAGAUGUCAGCGUUACUUGGCUCAAUAGAAGCAUUUUUGCCAGGUAUGAAUUUCGCGCAUUACAAAAGUCGCAUGGAUCACCUCAUGGCGGCAAAUGACAUCGUGGAGGAAAGCAAGAAAAAGUCGGUAGCGAUAACUCUCAUGGGACCAAUCUGCUAUGGAAAAUUGGUUUCCCUAUUAUCGCCAGCAAAGCCUGAAUCGAAGACUUACAAGGAUAUUAUGUUAGUGCUACAAGAACACUACAGUGAAACCAACAACGUGAUAUCCGAGCGCUGCCAAUUUAACAUGCGGUUCCGGCGUGAGGCAGAGUCUGUGGAAGAUUACAUCAUCGAGCUGAAGCACAUGUCCGAAGAAUGCAAUUUUGGUGAAUUUUUGGAUGAAGCACUCCGUGAUAGACUCGUGAGUGGAAUCAACGACCAGCAAAUUCAAUCCAAAUUAUUCCUGGUUCAGGAUUUGACCUGGGAAAAGGCAAAAAACAUGUGCAUUGCUGAAUUUCGCUCGAGACGUAAUGUGAAGUCAAUGGAGUCUGCAGUGUCUGGACUGAACAAAGUGGAGAAAAAACCGGAAACAACGGUACAACGAGUACAAAAGAAGAGCACACCACGAGGCAAAGGGAAAAAGCAUCGCUCUCAAAGCAGUAGUGGCCAAGGCAAUGAUAGAGAUUUUUCGUGUGGACGUUGUGGCUUGUCUCAUGGCAAGAAUGAAUGCAGAGCUACCAGCAGCACGUGCCGUCUAUGCGGGAAGAAAGGCCACUGGGCUGCAAUGUGCCGUACCAAAAGUCAGAUAAGUACUUCCGGGAAUCAGCAUGGUCUUCAGGUUGAAUGGCAAGGAUAUAACCUUUGAGGUGGACACGGGAGCUGCGUGUACGGUAAUGGG